UCGAUCGAAAAUGGCGUCGUCCCUCGUCGUCGAGUCUCGCGAGACGCGUCAGUAACGAGGACGCUCGUUCGUUGGUAACAUUGUGUGCGGUUAGCCGUGCUCCUAACGACAGUUUUGAGUGGUGACAGCCGCGUAGACGCUCGUUAGUCGCAAGCGUUGCGUCCUGCACAUACACGUCGACGGACGAGAAAGGUGCGUUCGGGCUGUGACCGCGACUCGAGGACGCGCGACUGCGAUCGGCCGCACGGAGACAACGCGCACUCGAGCGGAAAUCAACUCUGCAUGAAGAUUCGUGAAAAUAUUCUCCGACGAGGACGGGAACGUUUUGCACAGGAAGGACCGAAAUUGUUACGUCAUGAUGUAAUCUAGUCACGAGCAGAAGACCGUUGCAGCGGCGAACGAACGAUGACGAAUGCGCGCACAUACACACAAGAGCACACUUCUCAGUACUACGAUAUAAUACCACUAGGAAAAUACACAUGGAGGAGGGACUGCUUUAUCACGUUGAAAGCUGAUACUGGAAAUUAGAGAGUUUCUCGACUGUUCGGGAGGGAUCUUUCUGCUGGAGGAUAUCAAUUAAAAGACAUUUCUGUGCAGAGAAGAUGUCGCGCACGAGAGCGAUUAUUAAAUUAGGCCAAGGCGUCGCUCAGGACGGCAUAAACGCGUCGAUAAACGGCCAAUUGGGUCUGUCACGUUAUGGACCGCAGGUGAUGAGCGUACUGUGUUUAUGCACCUCCAACAUCCAUCAGUCUACCCGUAACGUCAUACAGACCGGCAAGAUACUCCCGAGUCCGCCGUUAGACACCCUUUGCGAGCAGCGACUAACGCCCUCGCAGGAAAUACCCACGGACGAGCUGGCUCUAUUAGCUAAGCUGGAGGAAGCAAACAGACUGAUCGAGUCCGAUGCGAAAUCACUGAACUCGCUUCAAAGUAAUCACAGCAGGAAGGGCUCCGACACAUCACAGGUGUCUGUGGCGUCAGGGGGCAGCGGAGGAAAUGGAGAUGCUGCACCUGGACGCCCCAACCCAGCCGAUGUCGAGGAGAACACGUGGACCCUCUGGGGUCACAUAGUGGCCGAUUGGGAGUAUCACUGGAAGAAGCGGAAAGAUUCGGUCAAAGAAUUGGUUCGUCAAGGCAUACCUCAUCACUUCAGAGGUAUUGUUUGGCAAUUGUUAAGCGGCGCCCAUGACUCUCCCGUUAAGAAGCAAUUUGCUGAGUACAUUAAGGCGACGUCAGCAUGCGAGAGGAUAAUUAGAAGAGAUAUCGCCAGAACGUACCCCGAACAUGACUUCUUCAAAGAAAAAGACGGUCUCGGCCAAGAGAGUUUGUUUAACGUUAUGAAAGCGUAUAGCUUGCACGAUCGCGAAGUAGGAUACUGCCAAGGCUCGGGAUUCAUAGUAGGAUUACUUUUACUGCAGCAAAUGCCGGAAGAAGAAGCUUUUGCCGUACUCGUGGCGCUUAUGCAAGAGUAUCGCUUACGGGACAUGUACAAACCAAGCAUGGCUGAAUUAGGAGUGUGCAUGUACCAGCUAGAACAUUUGGUUGCCGACACGCAUCCCGAACUUCACGCUCACUUUACGGUCCACGGCUUCCAUACUUCGAUGUACGCAUCCUCUUGGUUUCUCACACUGUUCACCACAGCGUUAAGACUUCCCGUGGCGUGUCGCAUUUUUGACGUGUUUCUGUCGGAGGGUAUGGAAAUUAUUUUUAAAGUCGCAUUGGCGAUGCUGCAUUUAGGCAAGGAAGAUUUGCUCAGUUUAGACAUGGAAGGCAUGUUAAAGUUCUUCCAGAAACAAUUGCCCGGAAGAGCCGAGAAAGAUCCCGAUGGCCUCAUGAAUCUUGCGUACGGAAUGAAAAUCCUUCCAAAGAGAAUGAAGAAGCUAGAAAAAGAUUAUACCAUUUUAAAGAUGAAAGAGCAGGAGCAGAUGGUCGAGAUUCGCAGGCUUAGAGCUGAAAACAAAUUACUCAGACAACGAACCGAACUUCUGGAAGCAGAAUCCGCGGAACUCGCCGAUAGAUUAGUUAAAGGUCAAGUAUCGCGUGCGGAAGAGGAGGAGACUGCUUUCGUAGUGCAGAGAGAAUUGGCGGCGCUGCGGCAUAAGCAUCUCGAAACGAGCCAUCGGCUCGAACAAGCUCGCGAGGAGGUCAGGUCGCUGUCGCUCGUUCUCGAACAGAAUGCUGUGUCUAGAGAGUCAUCGCUUGACGAAAUUCUGACGAGACAAGAAGCAUUAACAUUGCAGGAAGAUAUGAUACAGCUGCUGCAAGAAGAAUUAGUGAGAGUCAGAUUGCAUGACGCGGAAAAUGACGCAUUGAUUAAGGAACUUAGGGGAAGAAUACAAGAAUUGGAGCAAGACAAGAAGACUUUGCGCGAAUCAACGCCGGACAAUUCCGUCGCGCAUUUGCAGGAGGAACUUAUCGCGGUUAAGCUUAGAGAAGCGGAAGCUAAUUUAUCUUUAAAGGAUCUGCGGCAGAAAGUCUUGGAUCUAAGCGCGGCUUGGCAGAGGCAUUUACAAGAUCACCGAUCUGGUCUACUAACGGCACCUGCUGACUCGACGCCAAAGAAGCUGAUCUUUUGGGAGAAUCGGAGUUACGAUGUACAGAAGCUCGAGGAAGACAUAAUGACGUCCCGGAUGCGGGAGAUGGAAGCAUUGGCGGAAGUCAAGGAGCUUCGUCUCAAAGUUAUGGAGCUAGAGACUCAAGUGCAAGUAGCAACAAAUCAGCUUCGUAGGCAAGACGAGGUUGGAAAAGUACUUAAAGAGGAAUUGGAGGUUGCAUUAGCUCGAGAGAAAGAUCUAGCUGUCAAACUGAAGGAACAACAGUACAAAUAUUCCGACCUGGAAUCGAAAAUGAAGGACGAAGCUAUGAUGGCCAGGAUACGUGAUGCGGAACACGCGCAGCAGGUCGCGGAGCUCACGCAGAAAAUAUCUCUCCUUGAAUUAAAGAACGAAGAGAUGCACGCGGAGGGUGAACUGCGGAAUAAUCUAGACGACAGUGAGAAAGUAAGGGAGUUGCAAGAUAAAGUUGCUGAAUUAAAGGCUGAGGUCAUGAGGCUAGAGAGUUGGAAACAACGAUGGACGGGUCUGGGAGGGCAAACCGUGCGAAGUUUUAGCAUCGAUACUGAAAGCGAAUUGGACGAGCGGGAUCUCAGAAUUUGCUUACAGGAUCAUAUCAAUACGACCACGCCAAACUCACCCGAGGUAUAGAACUCUAUGUAUACCAGAUACAUAUUAGGCAGCUAACAAUACUCCGUUAUCGAUGCGCGCGAACCUUUUGUUCGUCGUCGGCUUUCGCUGUAGGAAAUAACGCGUAUGCGCUUAGAUCGUAACACGAGAGUAGAGUGUCGUAAUAAUCCCGUUUAGUUACGUGUACUACCUAUAUAUUACUAGGCCAAAUAUAAUUAUACAUAGUCAUUAAUUAGUUACGCUCUGUAACGACGAACGAAACAAAGAAACGAUAGGAACUUUCAGUAAAACGAGCGAAAUAAUCUCGAUCGUAAUCAGGGCCCGAAACAAUGUUCUUCUUUCAUUUAUUUAUUUACACACACAACGCAAUAUAUGUAUAUGUGUGUGACCUGGAAUUCAGGUUUCUUUCGAGUAUUCACAGUAUUCUUCGGGUAUCGUAUCCUAUCAGGAUAAGAAAAAAAAAAGGAACCGUCUCAGUACACAAUCACCUAACGCAAUGAUGUAAUAUUUUUUACUACCAUAGUAAGGCAAAUGUUCUAGUGAUAGAACGUGUACUAAUAAUUGAAUUAUUAAUAAUAUAUUUGUGUUUGUUAAAAUGCUUAUCAAUAAAUGAAACAAAAUCACAAAGUAACUAAAUAUUUCUUUUCAUUUAUUAUAUUGUUUUGUAUAUUAAAAAGCAUUUUAAUAAAGAAAAUACAAAACUAAUAUGUUAAUCAUUGGGACAUGUAUGUUCGAUCACUGGGACGUUUAUCUUAAUACUAUAUCGUUAUUUUACACUUUAUAGACUAUUAUGCAGAGUAUUAUAGAGUGUGUAUAUAUAUAUAUAUAUAUAUAUAUGUGUGUGUGUGUGUGUGUGUGUGUGUGUGUGUGUGUGUGUGUGUGUCUAUAUAUAUAUA